CUUCUUCACCUCUCUUAACCCCCCUUCUCGACCUCGGGAGGACAACACACAUACACAAAACCACCUUCAUUCCAUCCCACACCUUCCUUCUCAUCCCCUAACUCCUCUUCUUCAUCUUCUCCUGCCUCCGUAGCCCAUUCCGCAUACCUCACCUCGUCGUCCUUUCCGACCCCUCCACCUCGAGGCUCGACCCGAAAAAACAAAUACGCAAAUACCAAACAUCGAUCGAGAAGCUAGAAGUCGAAGUGCAUAAGGACUAGACCACGAGAACGAGGAUGAGCGCAAAGAAACUCCAAAACAGGUUGUUUGGAGGUAAAAAGGAGGACAGGUUGGAUACCGCGGGUAGUAAUAGCAAUCGGAGUGGGGACGCUUCCCCUUCGGACGACGCACCUACCCCGACGGCCACCAACCCCAACCCCGAAUCCACCUUUAACUCCAGCUCCGGGUCGAACUCCAAUUCGGAUAGGUUGAAGAUCAACAUCCCUCCUCCGAUCACCUCGCAACUCCAGGCUGAACAGAGGGAGAGUUUGCAAGGACGGGAGAAGGAGAGCCUCCCUAAACGGCCCUCCCUCCAAAGCGGGAACGAGCAACAUCAGCCGCACGACCAGAACAACAACAAUGAUUCUCCCGCCCCGGCGAGCGAUUCGGAUACCCCUGGAACUCUUGGACCGGAGACGCAGACCCUCCGUGACCGCCUGAUGGCGUCCAUGGGUCCACGAUACACCUCGGUGGAAGAGUACAGGUUGAACCAGUCGGACAGGUACGAGAAGCAUUGGAAACGAUGGGGUCCUUAUGUUAGCGAACGACAAUGGGGAACGGUCAGGGAGGACUAUUCUGCCGAUGGAGAUGCGUGGAACUCGUUCAACUUUGAUCAGUCUAGGAGCAGGGCGUACCGAUGGGGAGAAGAUGGAAUCGGAGGGAUCUCGGACAACCAUCAGCGACUCUGCUUGACGCUCGGAUUGUGGAACGGCAAGGACAAGAUCCUGAAGGAAAGGUUGUUUGGUCUGACCGGUGGACAGUCCAACCACGGAGAAGACGUCAAGGAGCUCUACUACUACCUCGACUCGACCCCGACCCACUCGUACAUGAAGUUCCUCUACAAGUACCCCCAGAAUGAAUUCCCUUACGAAAAGCUCAAGCAAGAGUCGGCCCACCGAGGUCGUGAUGUCAGCGAGUACGAGCUCUUGGAUACGGAUGUGUUUGACGAGGACCGAUACUGGGACGUUUUUGUCGAGUAUGCCAAGGACGAGCAACACGUCGAUGGGAUCUCGGUCAGGAUCACCGCGUACAACCGUGGUCCGGACCCGGCCGACUUGCACAUCCUCCCGCAAGUCUUCUUCCGAAACACCUGGUCCUGGCCCAAAGAGAUGCCCAAGGACAUGCCCGAGAUGCACCAGUCGGCCGACGGCGUGAUCGAGAUCAACGAACCGACGAUGGGAAAGCAGCACUUGUACUGUACGCCCUCUCCUGCACCCGCCGCGCCCGCCAAGGGAGGUGUCGUCAUGGUAGACGGACCGAGCAUCGUCCCGGACCUCUUGUUUACCGAGAACGAGACCAACUAUGAGCGUCUGUAUGGCGGCAAGAACAGGACGCCCUACGUCAAGGACGCAUUCCACGACUACCUGAUCCCGGCUCAUCGACCUGCCGAGCCUACCACCCCAAGCUCUCAAAAAGCCGGCUUGCCCAUGACCCCCAAGCGAUCCAAGGCUAGCUUGCCCGGAGGCGCAGUCGUCGACGCCGAGGCGCAAGAACAGCAGGAUGAGCAGGACGGGGACGGCGAGGGUACCCCUACCCACCCGACCGCACCUGCUCCUCCUCGACCGACGCACGAAUCGGGCGGGAGGAAAUUCGUCAACCCGGAACACACCGGUACCAAGGCCGCUGCUCACUACCACUUUACCCAGGUCCCGGGCAAAGGUGGAUGUGUCGUCGUCAGGCUCAAGCUCACGCCCAAGGACCUCGAACAGGACGCGGCCAUCAACGACGAGGAGCUGUUUGACGAGAUUGUCGAGGACAGGCGGGUCGACGCCGACGAGUUUUACGGACGAGUCGCUCGAGGCCCCAUCAGUGACGAUCUGCGCAACGUCAUGCGACAGGCCUUGAGUGGAAUGUUGUGGUGCAAGCAGUACUACCAGUUUAUCCAAAAGGAAUGGAUCGAGGGUGAUCCAGGUCAGCCCGCCCCGCCUCCCGAGCGUAAACACGGUCGAAACAAAGAGUGGAAGCACAUGUACAUCAAUGACAUCCUGUCGAUGCCCGACAAGUGGGAGUACCCCUGGUUCGCCACCUGGGACACUGCUUUCCACUGCAUCCCGCUCGCCAUGGUCGACCCGGCGUUUGCCAAGAAGCAGCUCGACCUGAUGACCCGAGAGUGGUACAUGAAGCCCGACGGCGCCUUGCCCGCGUACGAGUGGAACUUUAGCGACGUCAACCCGCCCGUCCACGCCUGGUCGACCUUCCGAGUAUUCAAGAUCGAGCGCAAGCUGUUCGGACGCGAGGAUCUCGACUUCCUCGAGCGGGUCUUCCAGAAGCUAUUGCUCAACUUUACCUGGUGGGUGAACCGAAAGGAUUCCGGCGGCAACAACGUGUUCGAGGGUGGAUUCUUGGGUCUCGACAAUAUCGGUCCUUUCAACCGAUCCGAACCCCUGCCCACCGGUGGUACUCUGCGUCAAUCCGAUGGUACCGCCUGGAUGGCUUUCUUCUGUCUCAACAUGUUGAACAUUGCUCUCGAGCUCGCCAAGCACAACCCGACGUACGAGGAUAUCGCUUCCAAGUUCUUCGAGCACUUCCUUUACAUCUCCGACGCCAUGACUUUCCCCGGUGCGGGCGACGAGCAACAGUCGCUCUGGAACGAGGAAGACGGCUUCUACUACGAUGCCAUCUCGUGGGGUGCCGGCAACUCGCAGCAGAUCCCGGUCCGAUCGAUGGUCGGACUGAUUCCCCUCUACGCCACGCUCACGCUCGAGCCUCAGGUGAUCAAGAGGUUCCCCGGUUUCAAGAAGCGAAUGGACUGGUUCAUUCAGAACCGACCCGACAUCUCGACCCGAAACAUUGCCAGCAUCCAGGCAUCGGGUCGUGCCGAUCGAAAGUUGCUCGCGCUCGCCAGCAAGGACCGACUCGUCAAGAUCUUGGAAAAGAUGCUCGACGAGUCCGAAUUCCUGUCCGACUAUGGUGUCCGAUCCCUGUCGCUGUACCACUUGGAGAACCCAUUCAACAUGAACGUCAACGGGCAAGACUACAGCGUCGGAUACUGGCCGGGAGACAGCAAGUCGGGCAUGUUCGGUGGAAACUCGAACUGGCGUGGACCCAUCUGGCUCGCCGUCAACUUUUUGCUCAUCGAGUCGCUGCAGCGAUUCUACCAGUACUACGGAGACGAUUUGCAGGUCGAGUGCCCUACCGGGAGCGGCGAUUACAUGAACCUCGCCAAUGUCGCCGAGGAGAUCCAGCACAGGAUCAUUCACAUCUUUGGCAAGGACGAAGAAGGUCGAAGGGCUUUCAACGGUGGCAACCCCAAGCUCAACCGAGACCCUCACUUUAGGGACUAUUUGCAGUUCCACGAGUUCUUCCACGGUAACGACGGACGUGGUCUCGGAGCGAGUCAUCAGACUGGUUGGACCGGAUUGGUCGCUUGGUGCAUCAUGCAAACCGGAGAGACCUGUCGUCUACCCAAGACUCCCCGAACUCCUCGAUCGCUCGCCAAGCACUACUUUGACGAACAAGUCCAGACUCCUUCCGAAGUCGAUGGCUCCUUGUACUCUGCGUCGGCCUACUCGGCUUACUCUGCCGCGGUUUCGGAAUACCCUGAGCCUGACGAGCUCUAAGCAGUCUGAUCAGCGCCAUCCCGGCCUCGAACGCAUACCAAAUCAACGCCCGCACAUACCGAAUUCCCUUUUGCGCAGAAACGAUUUCCGAUGGUCACUCUUGGUUGCAUACAGUAGUCUUCCUGUCUCUCCGUGUCCGAUCUCUGCUUUAAUUUUCUCGGUAGCCUGUUCUCGUCUGUUUGAAACAUUUAGACUUCUGCUUUUCUGAGAUCAUGUCCUGGGAUACCUAUUUAGUCAUGACGACAUGUGAUGGACGUCAUAGCGAACGAUGAUCGCAAGACGAAACACGAAGUAACGUCGCUUGGAACGGACGUUGGUCCGACUUGCGACGCGUGAGAAAGCGGUUGCCGGCCUCGGAACCUCGAAGUGUAG